UCUCCUAACAUUCAUCAAAUUAUUACUCAAACUUUCUCUCUCUACAGCCGCUCUUCUCUCUAACUUUCUCUGUUUCCCACUUCCCACAGAAUCACUAAGCAACAACAAUGGCUGCCCAACUCACAAAAUACCAGUUAAUUUCAAAUAACACCAUUAUUAAUGACUUUAAAGGUCACUUUUCUCCCUUCAAAACUAGAAAAAGCACUGUUUUUAUUUAUGGGGUUGUCUUUGUUUUCCUUACCUUUUUUGCUUUCUUAACUUUCUCCCCUUCUUCUUCUUCCUCUUCUUGGUUCAUCAAUUUUUUUUCACUUAAUAAUACUUCUCCUUCUAUUUCAUCUAUUGAUUCUUCUAGAUCUCAUGAUUCACAGAAUUUGAUUGAAACCCAAGUUCCUCCUGAUAAAAAUGAACAAUUUCAGUUUAAUCAUACUGAUUUUGUUUACCCUAACCCUAAAAUUGAUCCUCAAAGUUCUCCAUCAAUUAAAGUGGGAAAUUUUAGUCUUAAUGACACUAAAACUGAUACAAUUACACCCCAAAUCUCCCCAAAUAGUACCAAUUACCCACGAAAUAAGAACAAUAAUCAGACUAGUGUAGUUCUAGUUCUUCCCCAAAUUACCCCAGAAGUUUCCUCUAAUUCAACUGUUAGGGCAAAUUCAACACAGAAAGAAGAUAAAGGGGUAAAAGAGAAUGAAGGGCAAAUUCAACCCACAAAGAAGCAGGAUAAUAGCAGAUCAAACGGCACCGUUUCAGGGAAAAGUUUGAUUGAUUCAUUGAUUGGUUGUGAUUUGUAUGAUGGAGAAUGGGUUAGAGAUGAUUCAUAUCCUUUAUAUAAACCAGGAUCAUGUAAAUUAAUUGAUGAACAAUUCAAUUGUUUUGUUAAUGGUAGACCUGAUAAUGAUUAUAUGAAGCUUAAAUGGAAGCCUAAAGGUUGCACACUACCUAGGUUAAACGGAAAGCAAAUGUUGAAAUUAUUGAAGGGGAAGCGGCUUGUUUUUGUUGGAGAUUCAUUGAAUCGAAAUAUGUGGGAAUCUCUGGUUUGCAUUCUAAAGAACUCGGUUAAAAAUCCGAAGAAUGUAUAUGAGGCCCAUGGUAAACGCCACUUUCGGACUGAAGCUUCAUACUCGUUUGUAUUUAAAGAUUAUGGUUGUACCAUUGAGUUCUUUGUAGCCCCAUUCUUGGUUCAACCAUGGGAUGUCAAAAACCCGGACGGAACUACCAAUGAAACUCUUCGACUUGAUAUUGUGGUUGAAGAAUCUGAACGAUUUAAGAGCGCUGAUGUAUUAGUUUAUAAUACCGGUCAUUGGUGGACACAUGAAAAGACAUCGAAAGGGGAGGAUUAUUAUCAAGAAGGUAGUAAUGUUUACAAACAAUUGGAUGUUAAGGAAGCUUUUCGAAAGGCCAUAACGACUUGGGGGAGAUGGGUUGACGCCAAUAUUAAUCCUCAGAGGACGCAUAUCUUCUUCCGUGGCUAUUCCAAUACGCAUUUCAGAGGAGGGCAAUGGAAUUCUGGGGGCCAAUGCGACAGCGAGACGGAACCGAUUAGGAAUGAGGCUUACCUAACAAAAUAUCCAUGGAAAAUGAGAACUCUCGAGAAGGUAAUGAAGGGUAUGAAAACACCUAUUUCCUUUCUUAAUAUCACGAGAAUGACAGAUUACCGCAAGGAUGCGCACCCAUCAGUGUACCGAAAGCUACAUGUAUACGGAGAAGAGAAAAGUUCGCCAUUAAAGUUUCAAGACUGCAGUCAUUGGUGUCUUCCCGGAGUUCCCGAUUUUUGGAACGAGCUUUUGUUUGCCGAAAUGCUAAGAAAACAGUACCAGGAGCGACAUCAAAACACUAAAUCAUAAGCCAAAACGAACACCCACUUGCUCGCUACAUUCUUGUGCAACAGUCUUGACGACACAAUUUUACCUAUUCAUUUUCACAGAAUGUAAAUUCAAUGUGAUUGGAUUUUAUUUUAGGUUUUUUAUAUAUAUUUAAUUUUUAAGUUUAAAUCUAGGAAAGUAAAUAGGAUUCUUUCUAGAGAUUAUAUAUUCGGUUUAGUUUAAUUUGAUUUUAGUUUAGACCGUCGGUUCAGUCCAAUUUUGCAGAACUAGUGUUGCAAGGCAUUUUGAAUUGGAAAUAUAAUCUCUUUUGAAA